CUCUCCUUUAUGUAACCCUCCACUAUUUAGAUAAGUCUCACCUGAAGCUUCUCUAUCUUUCACCAAACACAAUCACAACCCCUUUCAGAACACCAAGUUUUAUUCCAAAAGCAGUUUUUCAACGAUGGCAACAAAAACUGAUAAGGCUAUAGGGAUUGACCUGGGCACCACUUACAGUUGUGUAGGUGUAUGGUUAAACGACCGUGUAGAGAUCAUUCCUAAUGAUCAAGGCAACCGUACUACUCCUUCUUACGUUGCCUUCACCGAUACAGAGCGUUUAAUCGGUGAUGCAGCCAAGAACCAAGUCGCUAUGAACCCAGAAAACACUGUUUUCGACGCCAAACGUCUCAUUGGUCGUCGUUUCACGGACCCUUCUGUGCAGAACGACAUGAAGUUGUGGCCUUUCAAGGUGAUCCCUGGAGCUGGAGAUAAACCAAUGAUUGUUGUGAAAUAUAAAGGGGAAGAGAAGCAGUUCUCUCCUGAGGAGAUAUCGUCGAUGGUGCUGACGAAGAUGAAGGAAAUAGCAGAAGCGUUCUUGGGGCAGACUAUAAAGAAUGCUGUUGUUACAGUUCCUGCUUAUUUUAAUGACUCGCAGAGGCAAGCAACGAAGGAUGCUGGUGCUAUAGCAGCGCUGAACGUUUUGAGGAUUAUAAAUGAGCCAACAGCAGCUGCCAUCGCUUAUGGACUUGAUAAGAAAGCAUCAAGAAAAGGUGAGCAAAAUGUUUUAAUCUUUGAUCUUGGUGGUGGUACUUUUGAUGUUUCUCUAUUGACUAUAGAAGAAGGUAUUUUUGAAGUUAAAGCUACUGCUGGUGAUACUCAUCUCGGUGGUGAAGAUUUUGAUAAUAGGUUAGUUAAUCAUUUUGUUUCUGAAUUUAGAAGAAAGCACAAGAAAGAUAUUAGUGGCAGUGCUAGAGCUCUGAGACGAUUAAGAACUGCUUGUGAAAGAGCGAAAAGAACGUUAUCUUCGACUACCCAGACUACGAUAGAGAUUGAUUCUUUAUAUGAAGGUACUGAUUUCUAUGCUACUAUAACGAGAGCAAGAUUUGAAGAGCUGAACAUGGAUUUAUUUAGAAAAUGCAUGGAGACGGUUGAGAAGUGUCUUCUUGAUGCCAAGAUUGAUAAAAGACAAGUCGAUGAGAUAGUUCUUGUUGGUGGGUCGACAAGGAUUCCUAAAGUGCAGCAAAUGUUAUCAGAUUUUUUCAAUGGGAAAGAGCUUUGUAAGAGUAUUAAUCCUGAUGAAGCUGUCGCCUACGGUGCUGCUGUUCAGGCUGCUAUCCUCUCUGGUGAAGGAAGCGAAAAGGUGCAAGAUUUGCUGCUGCUUGAUGUUACACCUCUGAGUCUCGGUCUCGAGACUGCUGGUGGUGUGAUGACCACUUUAAUCCCAAGAAACACCACAAUUCCGACAAAGAAAGAGCAGAUUUUCUCUACUUAUUCUGAUAAUCAACCAGGAGUUUUGAUCCAAGUUUAUGAAGGAGAGCGAGCUCGAACCAGAGAUAAUAAUCUUCUUGGAAAGUUCGAGCUUACUGGUAUCCCUCCGGCUCCAAGGGGUGUGCCUCAGAUAAACGUAACUUUCGAUAUUGAUGCGAAUGGGAUAUUGAAUGUCACUGCGGAGGACAAGACGGCAGGAGUCAAGAACAAGAUUACAAUCACCAACGACAAAGGAAGGCUGAGCAAGGAAGACAUUGAAAAGAUGGUGCAAGAUGCAGAGAAGUACAAGUCAGAGGACGAGGAGGUGAAGAAGAAAGUAGAAGCAAAGAAUGCACUGGAGAAUUACGCUUAUAACAUGAGAAAUACAAUUAAAGACGAGAAGUUUGCUGGGAAGUUGGACCCGAACGACAAGGAGAAGAUUGAGAAGGGAGUGGAGGAGACUUUAGAGUGGUUGGAUAGGAACCAACUGGCUGAAGUGGAUGAGCUUGAAGACAAGAUGAAGGAGCUUGAAGCACUCUGUAAUCCUAUAAUUUCGAAGAUGUAUCAGGGCGGUGGUGAUACCGAUAUGGGUGGUGACAUGCCUGGUAGUGGAGGCUCUAGUUAUGGAGGUGGUGGAGCUGGGCCAAAGAUUGAAGAAGUUGACUGAAGAAAUGGAACCAAGUUGGGCAGCUCUGUUUCUUCCGAUUCUGGUUUAAGCUUUGUGUUACUAGUGUUAGUGUAGCCGCCUUUUGUUUUAGUUUGUUGAGCAGAAGUCUUUGUCUUUUUGUUUGGGAGUGGGAUGAGGAAUGAGAUUAUGAAUGCAAGUAUAAUAUUAUAUUGCAAAAUUAUGCAAAUGACUAGGUAAUGUUUCUUUGAAUGGUAGAUAGUUUCAGCUAUAAAUAAAAUUAAUAGCAUAUACUAGUAUUUUAUUUUA